UUCACUUCUAAAAUUGUGCCAAAGGGGUCUAAUACGAGGGUUAGAAUCAUAUCCAUCUAACCUCAUAAACCCCAUGGAUGCUUCAUUUGCUCUCCUUCUUUCACUGAUGGCCCUAGUGGCAAUGGCCACACAGGUCGAGGCCCGCGCCUUCUUCGUCUUUGGCGAUUCGCUCGUCGACAGUGGCAACAACAACUACCUGGCCACCACUGCACGGGCUGAUGCACCGCCUUACGGUAUCGACUUGCCGUCUCGCCGCCCAACGGGUCGAUUCUCCAAUGGCCUUAACAUCCCCGACAUUAUCAGUGAGAGGAUGGGCGCAGAGACCACAUUGCCUUACUUGAGCCCAGAGCUUACCGGACAGAGGUUGCUUGUGGGUGCCAACUUCGCGUCGGCGGGAAUCGGAGUCCUCAACGACACCGGCAUCCAGUUUGUUAAUAUAAUCAGGAUCACCCAGCAAUUUCUGUACUUCCAGCAAUAUCAGCAACGGUUGACGGCUCUGAUCGGCGCGGCGCGGACCCAACAGCUCGUCAGCCAGUCACUCACUUUGAUCACCCUUGGUGGCAAUGACUUCGUUAACAACUACUACUUAGUGCCAUUUUCUGCCCGAUCGCGUCAGUACUCCCUGCCCGAUUACGUUCGCUACGUGAUCUCCGAGUACAGAAAGACAUUAAUGAGGUUAUACGAGCUGGGCCCACGGCGGGUCCUCGUGACUGGAACUGGGCCUUUGGGGUGCGUCCCGGCCGAGCUCGCCCAGCGCAGCCGGAACGGUGAAUGUUCUGCGGAACUCCAACGAGCUGCAGCCUUAUUCAACCCACAGCUCGAGCGGAUGCUGAGUGGACUCAACCGCGAAAUCGGUGCAGACGUUUUCAUUGCCGCUAACACCAGAACUAUGGCCAUGGAUUUCAUCAGCAACCCACAAGCAUACGGGUUUGUAACAUCAAAGAUUGCAUGCUGUGGCCAAGGGCCGUACAAUGGGCUUGGGCUUUGCACACUAGCAUCAAACCUAUGCCCCAACCGGAACGUUUAUGCCUUCUGGGAUCCCUUCCAUCCGUCGGAGAGGGCGAACAGGCUCAUCGUCAAUCAGAUCUUGACCGGAUCGACCCGCUACAUGAAUCCAAUGAACCUGAGCACCAUCUUGGCCAUCGAUUCACGGGCCUAGUAACUCCCAUCACCGUCAGAUCUCUCUAUUUUCCUUUUACGUAUCGUUUCACCGUCUGUGCUUUGGCUUUUAUGUGUUUCUUGAUCAUGUUUCACACCUACAUUACUUUGCAUCUUAAUCGGGCGUGUACGCACAUUCAUACAUGCCGCGACGUAUGUAGGCGGAUGGCUAAUGUUGGAUGGUCCAAGUGAGCAUGUAUACUGGAGGGGGUGUAAUACUGUUAUGUGUAGGCAGAGCCUGGUUUUGAGUGGUGUAUGUGGGAUUAUUUACUACGUAUUUUAAAGUUAUUUGGAAAUUUACUACGUGGACCUCACGCAAUGACGUGUCUUUCA